UCGCUUCAUAUGACGUAAAGUUCAUUUUUAGAAAUGCAUUUUAUGGAUAUAGUGCAGUUUUUUAUUCCGAUGCGAAGCAAAAACAAGCACAGAAUUAACUUUCACAGUUUUUCCAUUUACUGAAAAGCCUGUAAUCCUCAUGUCAUGGACAACAAUGUCUCCAAAGCUGCUGAAAAAUGCUUCUUUAUUCAUCUCUGACGCAGCAGACUCACGCUUCCCACAAAAAGAAAAUGCAUCGGUAAGCAAAAAACUGAUGCAGUAGUCGGAAUGAGUCUCUUACGGGUUAGAGGUGAUGCAGGUCGGAGAAAGGCAAGACCUUACACUUGUAUCUGCUGUUUUAAGCUAAAGUAAAAGGUGGAUCAGGUUGCCUCUGAGUGCAUCUCUUCCUCUUGUUGUUUGGCCAGAGUUUGAUUUCACCCAUAUCAACUGGCUGCCACAAACUCUUAGAGGUCCAUACACUGCAGCACAUUAAGUGAGGACAGUUUUUUUUUCUCAGGAAAACUGUCAGAGAUGAAACAGGCCUAACUUCUAGGUAUUGUUUCCAACUCGUAUCAGUUUAGCUUAUUCAGUGACAGAAUACUCUUACUCCUUCAUCAGUUUGGCUUUUUAAAAAAAAUCUCUGAGUAAGAUUGAGAAAGCAAAGACUGCGCGCUGCAGGCAGAAGCUUUAGCCACUUUUGACUUUUUUUUUCUACCUGAGAGAGCACCACUUAGACCAUCUUUGCUACAUCUCCAACCCGUUCCUCUUUGUUCCUUUCCAGAAUGUCUUUGCCCAACUCAGAGAAUGCCUCCACCCUGGAGAAUGCCAUGCAGCUGAUGAUCCAGACCUUCCACAAAUACUCUGGAAAUGAGGGGGAUAAAUACACGCUGAGCAGGGCUGAACUCAAAGAGCUGCUCACCACGGAGCUUGGCACCUACCUGGGGAAUGCCCAGGACAAAGAGGCUGUGGAUAAGGUCAUGAAUGAUCUCGAUUCAAACAACGAUGGAGAGGUCGAUUUCACUGAGUUUGUCAUCUUGGUUGGAGCUCUAACUGUAGCCUGCAACGACUUCUUCCUGGAGUUCAAUGAUAAGGCAGAGAAGAAGUGAGCGGCUCAUAGAAAUCCACUCUUGCAAACACAAAACCCCUGCGCACCAGCGAGGAAAUGGUAACAGACAUCCUGUCAUAAAGCUGAAGUGCAAAAACACACAAAAACACACUGACCUGAGCUGUAAUAGUUACUUGUUUGUUUAUUUUGUUCUUCUUGCCUCAUUGUAACUGUAAAAGUGAAUAUUAUUUCUCAUUUCAUUUCCUGCAUUUCUUUGUCUUGAGUUACUUUUUGAUACACCUUCAAGCUAAAUGUUUCUUCCCCUGGAAAGAAUAAACAUUAAUUUAAACCGUG